UGCCUGACAGAAUCGGAGCCAUCGAGGGACCAGCGCACCUGCGUAGGGCGCACACGGAGCGCCUGCGUGAAAUCUUCCUGAAAUACGCCUCGUACAGGGCUCCAGAUGGAGAACUGUACAUGACCCCGGAAGACUAUGUCAGAAAAUAUUUGGGACUCUUUCCGGACCCCAAGGAAUCCGACGCCAAAGAUUUGACGUACAACGCAGAAUCCGUUCGCCUGAUUGCCGGAAUAGCAGACACCAGCAAAGACGGCCUGAUAUCAUUCCCGGAAUUCCAGGCCUUCGAAGGGACCCUCUGCGCCCCCGACGCCCUUUACAAAACCGCCUUCCAAUUAUUCGACACCAACAGUAGCGGGGCGAUAAGCUUUGACGAGUUUGCUUCCAUAAUGAGAAAGACUGAACUACAUUCAAGGAUUCCAUUCAACAUGGACGGAGGAUUUGUACAACUAUAUUUCGGCAAAAACAAAACAAGACAAAUCAAUUACGCUGAAUUCAGUCAAUUCCUGCACGAUUUUCACGAAGAAUACGCCAUGGAAGCAUUUAGGAGUCGAGACAAACACGGGACAGGGUUCAUAUCGGCUGUAGAUUUUCAGGAUAUUAUGAUCAAUAUAAAAAGCCAUUUGCUGACGACGCAGGUUAAGGACAAUUUUGUUUGCGCUUUAUAUUUAUAUUUUAUAUCCCAGAUAACAAAUGGAACAAGAGUAUCAUUCCCCUACUUCAUGGCCUUCAAUAGUCUUCUAAACAAUAUGGAAUUGUUGAAAAGGGUUUAUCUUCAUGCAAGUGGUGGAUCUAGGACGACUGCAGUCAGCAAAGAGGAACUUCUGCAUUCUGCACAAUGUAUGAGCCAAAUUACACCUUUGGAAGUUGAUAUUUUAUAUCAACUUACCGGUCUACUUCAUCAAACUGGGUAAGGGACGGAGGAAAACUUUAGUACAAACAAUUUCAGUCGAAUUGUAUACAAUGAUCUGAAUGUGAUAGCACCUGAACAGUACAUAAGGCAUAUAACCAAAAGGCUGGCAGAGAUCAGAGCUGUCUCGAAACCUGAAGAUCGAGGAGUUUUUAUGCAGAUUUUGGAAAGUGGAUAUCGAUUUAUACUGGGAUCGAUAGCUGGAGCUGUUGGAGCAACAGCCGUCUAUCCCAUAGAUUUGGUAAAAACUCGGAUGCAAAAUCAAAGAUCUGGAUCAUUCGUUGGCGAAUUAGCUUAUAGGAACUCCUGGGACUGUUGCAAAAAGGUUUUAAGGCACGAAGGUUUCACAGGCCUUUACAGAGGCCUAGUGCCCCAACUUAUAGGAGUAGCCCCCGAAAAGGCCAUAAAAUUGACGGUGAAUGAUUUUGUUCGCGAUAAAUUGGUGGAUAAGCAUGGAAAUCUUAGUGUCUAUGCUGAAAUUUUAUCAGGAGCUUCUGCUGGUGCAUCACAAGUUAUAUUUACGAAUCCUUUAGAGAUUGUCAAAAUUCGGUUACAAGUUGCUGGUGAAUUAGCAGACGGCGGCCGCAAGAUCAGUGCCCUUUCGGUGGUGCGCGAUUUGGGCUUCUUCGGGCUCUACAAGGGAUUCCGGGCCUGUCUUUUGCGAGACAUGCCUUUCAGCGCGAUCUACUUUCCCACAUACGCCCACACUAAAGCGGCCCUGGCGGACGAACAAGGAUAUAAUCAUCCCUUAUCUCUGCUUAUGGCUGGUGUGAUUUCUGGAGUGCCUGCAGCAGCUCUGGUGACUCCUGCUGAUGUCAUCAAAACCAGGUUGCAGGUUGUUGCAAGACAAGGUCAAACUUCCUACACUGGUGUGAUUGAUGCAGCCAGAAAAAUUCACAGGGAAGAAGGUGCAAGGGCGUUUUGGAAAGGUUCCUUAGCAAGGGUUUGCAGGAGUUCGCCCCAAUUCGGUGUCACGUUGGUCACUUAUGAACUUUUGCAGAGGAUGUUUUAUAUUGACUUUGGUGGAAGUCGUCCUGCCGGUUCCGAAGCCUUCGCCUCGGGCAAACCCGACGAGCCGGCGCCCGCGCCCGAUCACGUCGGCGGCUACCAGGCCGCCCUGCCCGUCCUGGACGGAAUCGAGACUAAAUUCGGCCUGCUGCUACCCAGGUUCGCGUCGACGAUAACGCAACGAGGGCAGAAGGAGGCCAGUUAGAAAUAGACUAGAGUAGAAUAAAUCAAUUUUAUAUUUAAUAGAAAUUUAUGGACUCGAAGAAGAAAAAGAAGAACUUGUAUAUUUUUGGAAAAUAAGAAAAUUAUAAAUGGAUCAAGUGAGAAGAUAAGUGAGGUAUUAUGUGAUAUUUUGGAAUGUGCUUGGUGCUAAUUUUGGUUCCAAUAUAUUUUUUGAUAUUAAGCUUACAUUGUUUCAAUGGUUUUACAGAUACUUUGCAAUGAUGAAAACACCCACACACAA